AUGGCCGAAGACAUCGUCAUCGACAAGGCGGUCUUCUUUGACCACUUGUCCACAUUCUACAAUGCUUGGAAAGCGGACAAACGAACAGGCGCAGGUGUUUUUGGCGGUGUCGGUUCUAUUGUGAUCUUGAUGGGAAAAACAGAUGAAGCAAACUCUUUUCAGAAAGCCAAUUCGAUCCAUUUUUGGCUCCUCGGCUAUGAAUUCCCUGCCACUCUGUUUGUUUUCACCACGGAAUCGAUGUACAUCGUGACAACUGCGAAGAAAGCAAAACAUUUAGAACCACUAAAAGGCGGCAAGAUUCCAGUCGAAAUCCUUGUCACCUCCAAGGACCCUGCGGAUAAGGCAAAGGCUUUUGAUACAUGCAUAGAUGCCAUUAAAACGGCCGGGUCAAAAGUUGGAACUUUGCCAAAGGACGUGUCUACCGCCCAGGGACCUUUUGCCGAUGAUUGGAAGAAAGCGUUUGGUGAAGGGCUGAAGGACAUUGAGGAGGUCGAUAUCUCUCCUGCGCUCUCCGCCGCGGCUUUGUCUGUUAAAGGACCCGAUGAGCUUGUCGCGAUGCGCAACGCAGCUCGGGCAUGCAGUGGCCUGAUGUCCGAAUAUUUCGUUGAUGAAAUGUCCGAAUUGCUAGACGAGGGCAAGAAAAUUAGCCAUGAGUCACUAUCCAACAAGAUUGAUGCCAAAAUCGACGACUCCAAAUUCUUCAGCAAGAUGGGAAAACUUCCACCAGGGUUCGACUCAACACAACUUGACUGGGCGUACGGGCCAGUGAUCCAAAGUGGCGGUAACUACGAUUUGCGUCUGACCGCCGUCUCCAACUCAAACAACCUGCAUGCUGGAAUCAUUGUUGCUGGCUUUGGCGUGAGAUACAAGACUUACAGCGCAAUUAUUUCCCGAACCUAUCUCGUAGACCCAACCAAGGCCCAGGAAACGAAUUAUAGUUUCCUACUGAACGUCUACGAUGCGGUUAUCAAGGAUGUACGAGAUGGGGUAACCGCCAAAGAGUUGUACAACAAGGCAAUCGGUAUCGUGCGCGCGAAACGCCCUGAUCUAGAAAAGCAUUUCCUGAAAAAUGUCGGCGCUGGUAUUGGCAUCGAGCUGCGAGAUGCAAACUUGGUUCUCAAUGGGAAGAAUACUCGAACCCUUAAGAGUGGAAUGACUCUUUAUAUCUCCAUUGGGUUGACCGACAUCCAAGACGUGGACUCGAAGGACAAAAAGAACUCCACAUACUCCAUGGUUAUUACCGACACCGUGCGUGUUGGCGAAACAGGGGCUCAUGUCUUCACUAAGGACGCCGGUAUUGAUAUGGACUCGGUCUCUUUCUAUUUCGGCGACGAAGAAGAGCCUGAAAAAGCCCCCAAAGAAAAGGCCGAUGUCCGAUCAAAGGCUGCGGCAAGCAAGAACGUUACAAAGACCAAGCUCCGUGCAGAGAGGCCAAACCAGCUGACCGAGGGUUCGGAAGCUCGUCGCCGAGAGCAUCAAAAAGAGCUCGCUGCUAAGAAGAUGAAAGAGGGGCUCGAACGGUUCGCAGGUGCCACUGGAGAUGGAAAUGGUGUGGCCCAAAAGAAGUUCAAGAAAUUUGAGUCUUACAAACGGGACAACCAGCUGCCACCCCGUGUGAAGGAUUUGACGGUUCAAGUUGACCACAAAGCUUCAACAGUCAUUGUACCAAUAAUGGGCCGACCAGUUCCUUUCCAUAUAAACACCAUCAAGAAUGCCAGCAAAAGUGACGAAGGAGAGUAUGCGUAUCUACGUAUCAACUUUCUCUCCCCGGGACAAGGUGUUGGGAGAAAGGACGACCAGCCUUUUGAAGAACCGUCGGCAAACUUUGUCAGGAACUUGACUUUGCGAUCAAAGGACAACACCCGGUUUGCACAGAUUGCUCAAGACAUCACAGAGCUUCGAAAAACCGCGUUGCGAAGAGAACAAGAACGUAAAGAGAUGGAGGACGUGGUUGAACAAGACAAACUUGUGGAGAUUCGCAACAGACGACCCAUUAAGCUUCCAGAUGUCUACCUCCGACCACCACUGGACGGAAAACGAGUUCCAGGGGAGGUUGAGAUCCACCAGAAUGGUCUUCGAUAUCAGUCGCCUCUUAGGAACGAGCAUGUUGAUGUCUUGUUCAGCAACGUGAAGCACCUGUUCUUCCAGCCAUGCGCACACGAGCUUAUUGUCAUCAUUCAUGUUCAUCUUAAAACGCCAAUUAUGAUUGGCAAACGCAAGACCAAGGAUGUGCAGUUCUAUCGCGAAGCCACUGAAAUGCAGUUCGAUGAGACCGGUAACCGACGACGCAAAAAUCGCUACGGAGAUGAAGAGGAAUUUGAAGCCGAACAAGAGGAACGAAGACGCCGUGCUGCUCUUGACAGGGAGUUCAAAGCCUUUGCAGAGAAAAUCUCUGAUGCUGGAAAAGACGAAGGAGUCGAUGUUGACAUUCCGUUCCGAGAAAUUGGUUUCAGCGGUGUACCCAACAGAUCCAAUGUUCUGAUCCAACCCACAACGGACGCGAUUGUACAGCUGACCGAACCGCCAUUCUUGGCUGUUACCCUGAACGAAAUUGAGGUUGCCCACUUGGAGCGAGUACAGUUUGGUCUCAAAAAUUUCGACCUUGUGUUUGUAUUCAAAGAUUUCAACCGUCCGCCAGUUCAUAUUAACACUAUUCCCGUUGAAUCGUUGGAAGGAGUGAAGGAUUGGCUUGAUUCGGUGGACAUUCCUUUCACUGAAGGACCUCUUAACCUGAACUGGAGCACCAUUAUGAAGACGGUUGCUAGCGAUCCGCAUGGCUUCUUUGUGGAUGGAGGAUGGUCAUUCUUGGCUGCCGAGUCUGAUUCCGAGGGUGGUUCUGACGAAGACGAGGAGUCUGCUUUUGAACUAUCCGAGUCUGAAAUGGACGCAUCGGACGAAAGCUCAGAGGAGGGCAGCGAUUUUGAUGACAAUGCCAGUGCCGAGGCCAGUGAAGAUCUCAGUGGGGACGAAGAGAGCGGCGAGGACUGGGACGAGCUGGAGAAACAAGCAAAGAAGAAGGACAGAGAGGGCGGGAUGGACGAAGAGCGAAGCAAAAAACGCAAGCGUUAA